AUGACUGAGCACCUCCUGAAAAUACUGGUUAUUGGUGAUCAAAAUGUUGGGAAAACCACCUUUGUGCAUCGCUACGUCAGCGGUCAGUUCAACAGGGACUACAGGUCCACAGUGGGAGUGGACUUUUCUAUGAAAGCACUGCAGUGGUCAGACACAGAGACGGUGCGGCUUCAUCUAUGGGACAUUGCAGGCCAGGAGCGUUUCAUAUCCAUGGCCAGGAUCUACUACAAAGGCGCCUCGGGCUGCGUGGUGAUGUUCGACGUCACCAACUCGUCCAGCUUCCUCAGCUGCCGCCACUGGAAACAGGACCUGGACAGCAAGGCCACGCUGCCCAGCGGGGGCGCUAUCCCCUGCAUCCUGCUGGCCAACAAGUGUGAUCUGGCUGACAGGAGUGUCUCGGCUGAGAGCAUCAGCAGGUUCUGCAAGGCCAACGGCUUCGUAACGUGGAUGGAGACGUCGGUCAAGGACAACAAGAACAUCACCGAGGCCAUGAGGACGCUGGUGGAGGAGAUCAUGUCGUCCCGGUCCGUCCUGAACUCAGUCCGACCCGAAUCGGAUGACUGUGUCAACCCUCAGCUGGACUCAUCGGCCAGCAACACCCGGAGAACAGGAUGCUGCUGA